AUGAACAAUCUCAAAUGGAAAUUCCACAAUAUGAACAAUUUGAAAUGGAAUUAUCACAAUAUGAACAAUUUGAAAUGGAAUUAUCACAAUAUGAACAAUCUGAAAUGGAAAUUCCACAAUAUGAACAAUCUGAAAUGGAAAUAUCACAAUAUGAACAAUCUGAAAUGGAAAUUCCAGAAUAUUAACAAUCUUAAAUCGAAAUUCCAUAAUAUGAACAACCACAAAUGCAAGUUCUACAAUAGGAACAGCAUGAAAUAA